UUCAUCCCCAUCUCCCUUCUAUCUAUCUCUUUAUCUUUCUAUCUAUCUUAAAUGUCAGUGACUGUACCAUGGCUGCAGAGAUUGGCCUAGUCUCCAUGACCCAGAUCCAAAAAUUAUCACAAUCCCAACACCCCAAAAAACAACAACCUCAACCAAACCCUAACAUCACAACCACCACCCCCUCCUCUUGGAUGUGGAACCCUAGCCAGCAACUGCACCACCAAGAAGACGACGAUGACUCAUGGGAGGUCAGAGCUUUUGCAGAAGACACAAGGAACAUCAUGGGAACCACAUGGCCUCCACGCUCCUACACCUGCACAUACUGCAGAAGGGAGUUCCGCUCCGCCCAAGCUCUCGGCGGCCACAUGAACGUCCACCGCCGCGACCGUGCACGCCUCAACCAACACCCUCCUUCCUCCACCGCCAUCUCUUCUCUUCCCACUUCUUCACCCUACAUCAACAUCCCUCCUCAAGACCUUGUUGCAAAUGCUGGGUUAUGCCUCCUCUACCACUUGCCACCAAGCCCUAGUGCACCACCCUUCUCUAAUUCCCCCUCUACCAAUACUCUUUCUUCUUCUCCCUCUCCCUCCACUCUUCUCUCUAUCUCCUCCUAUCCUUCAACCAACUUUCUGAUGCAAACUUCCUUUAAUUUUCCCGGUGCACCCUCGACUGGGAUCAACACUGCUACUGUUUCCUCUUUCUACUCCAGCAAAGUGGAACAAUCGGCAACUUCUUCCUCUUUUGCUGCCGGCCACCUCGAAGAGCUUGAUCUAGAGCUCCGCCUCGGCCACAAACCAACACAAACCUCAUAAAUCUUGCCCCCAGAAACUCAAAAAUAUAAAUAGAUAUAAAGGUUAAACCACAACCACAUAUAGUGGUAUUAGCAAACGAGAAGAGAAAGUAAAGUGACUAAAGUAUUGUUAUUUCGCUGAUCUCCUUCUUGGCUGUGUGUCUGGAAGAGAUCGACAGUGAUGUUAUUUGAUGAUGUUUGUGAUAUGAUAGCAUUACCGUGUCCAGAUUUGGAUAGGCCUGUGGGUUUUUGUUUUGGGUUCGAUUUUGUUAUUUUUGUUGGUUGAUCGAUUUCAUCUGUGUGUGAUUGUUUUUUGACUGAAGGUGCAGAUGGAGGGAGGAGCAAGCUAUGGGUGGGGAUGGGAAAGAAGGAGAGAGGCACCACAUGUAAAUUUUUCAAAGAAAAAGAAAAAAAAUGUAAGUUGGUAUUAAUUUUUGGAGAAAUAUUGGCAGUAAUUAUGGGAGGAGAUUAGGGUUUCGGAGUAAGACACUGAAAAAGGUUGCAGUGAAGUGUCAUUUUCUAUUUUAGAGUUGUCUAAGUACAUACAUAUAUGUCUGUCUGGGCAUACAUUUCCGUGGGGAUUAUUUUCCAUCCUUCACCUGUUAAGUCAUUUUAGUAUUAUAUAAUAUUUUCACUGUUCACACCUUUCUGUUUAGACAAAACUG